AUGGGUGGUUGUAUCGAUGAUGAGCUGCUGAAAACAGUAGAAAACGAGAAAAAUAAGUGGAGGCAUAUUUUAAAAGUGAUCAUUGAUGCAAUUUUACAUUGUAUAAAAAAUAACGAUGCCCUGAGAGGAACAUCUGAAAUAAUCGGACAUCCAAAUUGUGGUAGACUUCUUAACACAAUUGAACUGAUAAGUCACUAUGAUAAUGUUAUUAAGACCCACAUUGAAACCCACAAUAAAGGCAAACUCUCCUAUUUUUCUUCUGGAAUACAAAAUGAACUGAUUGGUUUAGCAGCUACUAAAGUACGAAGACAUAUUAUUAAAGAUAUAAAGGACGCGAAAUAUUUCUCAAUAUCGAUUGACUGUACCACAGACGUGGCUCAUCGAGAGCAGAUGGUUCAGAUAAAACGUUACGUGCAUAUUGAUAGCAAUAAAAAAUGCAGUAUUAAGGAAAGUUUUAUUGACUUCAUUAAUACUCGCGAAAAAACAGGUGAAGGACUCGCAAAAGAAAUCGUAGAAAAAUUGAUCGCCGAUGGUUUGGAUAUUAACAAUUUGAGAGGGCUGUCUUAUGAUAAAGCGGCUAAUAUGGCUGGAAAAUACAAGGGUGUACAAGCUCGAAUUUUGAUGUUAAAUGAUAAUGCGAAAUUUAUUCCUUGCACUGCCCACAGUCUGAAUUUAGUGGGCGUUCAUGCUGCUGAAGUGAACCCACAUAUGGAAACGUUCUUUGCAACUGUUCAGCAAAUAUAUAAUUUUUUUGUUGGAUCUUCUUCAAAGUGGGAAUUACUCAAAACAGAAGUCGACCUCACUCUAAAAGGUUUUUGCGAUACUCGCUGGUCCUCCAAAGCAAACGCUGUACAUUCCUUGAAGUCACAAUUAGGUAAAAUUAUUGAAAUUCUUCGGAAGCUAAAAGAAUUGUCCUUAGUAAAUUUGAUAUCAAAUUAUGAAUUCAUCAUAUAUCUCAACUUCUGGGAUAUUCUGUUGAGUAAGAUAAAUAGAAUCAAUCAAUCUUUGCAGGAAAAGCAACUUGAUAUUUCUAAAAGCUCACGAAUGAUACUUGGACUAUUAAACGAAUUAAAAGCGUAUAGAGAAAACUUUUUCCCAUCAUUGAUGGAAUUUUCAGAAAUUGAAGCAGAUAAAAUCGGAAUUGAAGCAAUAUUACAUGAGUCAAGGAAACGGAAGAAACCAAAAAUGUCAGGAGAACUAGCUAGUGAUGAAGCUUAUCUUUUUGAUGCAAAUGCAAAACUCAGAAUUGGAAUAUUUCAAGUGCUUGAUAAAACAAUAAUGGAAAUGGGAAAAAGAUUUGUUGCUUUGAAGGAAGUGGCCGACAACUUUUUUUGA